AGUGGUAGAGCUAGCGAGAGAGAGUAUAAAUGAACCUAGUCUUCUCCUCCAUACACAGACUCGCGCCGUGCAGCUCUCUGAGAUUCAUAUUACAACCAUCUCUCUCUCUGUCUCUCUCUUUCUCAACCAACCGCCGUCUCUCAUUCCGUCCCUUCUCUCUCCGUUCAAGAGCUAUGGCAUCCCACGUCGUCGGUUAUCCCCGCAUGGGACCCAAGAGAGAGCUCAAAUUUGCUUUGGAAUCUUUUUGGGAUGGGAAGAGCAGUGCCGAGGAAUUGCAAAAAGUGGCUGCAGAUCUCAGGUCAUCCAUCUGGAAGCAGAUGGCUGAUGCUGGAAUCAAGUACAUUCCUAGCAACACCUUCUCAUACUAUGAUCAAGUGUUAGACACCACGGCCAUGCUUGGGGCUGUUCCUCCUAGAUAUGGUUGGAAUGGCGGCGAGAUUGGCUUUGAUGUUUAUUUCUCUAUGGCUAGGGGAAAUGCGUCUCUACCUGCCAUGGAAAUGACCAAGUGGUUUGACACCAACUACCAUUUCAUUGUCCCUGAAUUGGGCCCAGAUGUGAAGUUUUCUUAUGCAUCCCACAAGGCCGUGGAUGAAUUCAAGGAGGCUAAAGCUCUUGGAGUUGAUACAGUUCCAGUCCUUAUAGGCCCUAUCUCCUACUUAUUGCUGUCAAAACCAGCAAAGGGUGUUGAGAAAUCCUUUUCUCUCCUCUCCCUAAUUGACAAGAUUCUCCCAGUUUACAAGGAGGUUGUUACUGAACUGAAGGCAGCUGGUGCUACCUGGAUCCAGUUUGAUGAGCCCACCCUUAUAUUGGAUCUUCAUGCUCAUCAAUUGCAAGCCUUUAGCCAUGCCUACUCAGAGCUAGAGUCAUCUUUUGCGGGAUUAAAUGUUCUGAUUGAGACAUACUUUUCUGAUGUUUCUGCUGAUGCAUACAAGACACUUACCUCUUUGAAGGGUGUAUCUGGAUAUGGUUUUGACCUGGUUCGUGGAACACAGACCCUUGAUUUGAUCAAGGGUGGAUUUCCUUCUGGCAAAUACCUUUUUGCUGGAGUGGUUGAUGGAAGGAAUAUAUGGGCCAAUGAUCUUGCAUCUUCCCUCAGUACCCUGCAGACUCUUGAGGGCACUGUUGGAAAAGACAAGAUUGUGGUCUCAACAUCUUGCUCUCUACUUCACACUGCGGUUGAUUUGGUAAAUGAGACUAAGUUGGACAAAGAGAUUAAAUCGUGGCUUGCAUUUGCUGCACAGAAAGUAGUUGAAGUAAAUGCCUUGGCCAAGGCAUUGUCUGGACACCACAAGGAUGAGGCAUUCUUCUCUGCUAAUGCUGCAGCUCAGGCUUCAAGAAAAUCCUCCCCAAGGGUGACAAACGAGGCUGUCCAAAAGGCUGCUGCUGCUUUGAAGGGCUCUGAACACCGCCGGGCCACAACUGUGAGUGCCAGGCUGGAAGCUCAGCAGAAGAAGCUGAACCUUCCAAUUCUUCCGACGACAACAAUUGGAUCUUUCCCUCAGACAUUGGAACUUCGAAGAGUCCGCCGCGAAUACAAGGCUAAAAAGAUCUCUGAGGAAGAUUAUGUCAAGGCUAUCAAGGAGGAAAUUAACAAAGUUGUCAAGCUGCAGGAAGAGCUUGACAUUGAUGUUUUGGUACAUGGAGAGCCAGAGAGGAACGACAUGGUUGAGUAUUUUGGAGAGCAGUUGUCUGGAUUUGCCUUCACUGUCAAUGGUUGGGUCCAAUCUUAUGGGUCCCGUUGUGUGAAACCACCAAUCAUCUAUGGUGAUGUGAGCCGCCCCAAGCCCAUGACUGUCUUUUGGUCUUCAACAGCGCAAAGUUUUACUAAGCGACCUAUGAAGGGAAUGCUGACUGGCCCUGUUACUAUUCUGAACUGGUCCUUUGUUAGAAAUGACCAGCCCAGAUUUGAGACCUGCUAUCAGAUUGCUUUGGCCAUCAAGGAUGAAGUUGAGGAUCUUGAGAAAGCUGGUAUUACAGUUAUCCAGAUUGAUGAGGCUGCUCUAAGAGAAGGUUUGCCUCUUAGGAAGUCUGACCAGGCGUUCUACCUAAAGUGGGCUGUUCACUCCUUCAGGAUCACCAACUCUGGUGUGCAAGACACUACCCAGAUCCACACGCACAUGUGUUACUCAAAUUUCAAUGACAUUAUUCACUCGAUAAUAGACAUGGAUGCCGAUGUGAUCACCAUCGAGAACUCUAGAUCGGACGAGAAGCUUCUCUCGGUCUUCCGUGAGGGAGUGAAAUAUGGUGCUGGCAUUGGUCCUGGUGUGUAUGACAUCCACUCACCUAGGAUCCCAUCUACAGAAGAAAUUGCCGACCGAGUCAACAAGAUGCUUGCAGUCCUGGAGACCAACAUUCUGUGGGUAAACCCUGAUUGUGGCCUCAAGACACGCAAGUACCCUGAAGUCAAGCCUGCUCUCAAAAACAUGGUUGCUGCCGCCAAGCUGCUCCGCACUCAGCUGGGCAGUGCCAAGUGAGUUCAGAUGUGAAAAUAAUGGUAUUCUUGUAUUGAGAAGGGGAUUUCUCUACUAAGUUUAAAUAAUGUGGCUUAUUGUUAAGAUGAGUCUUCUUUUCUCCUCUUUUAUUUUCAUUUUCAUUUUUUUUUCCCUUUUUCUAGGAGGUGAUGGAUUCGGAUUUGUGUUUAAAUAUGCCCCAUGGGGGUUUUCAUAUUGAAUUUUCUUUAUCUCUCUACAA